GAGAUGCACCGGCAGCUGGCGCCGCUCUUCCGCAUCACCCUGCCCGUGGUCUCCAGCGACAUGGCCCGGAGCGUCCCGUGGAGGAACUACGGACUCAACGACUGGAUGUCGGAGGAGUACAGGCACAUCGAGGGGAAAUACGUCCGGCUGACGGGCUACCCCUGCUCCUGGACCUUCUACGACCACCUCCGGCAGGAGAUCCUCCAGGAAUUCUCCUUCCACGACCACAUCAAGGAGGAGGCCAACCGGUACCUGGCCGGGCUGCGCGGGCAGCGCCGGAACGUGACCUAUGUGGGCGUCCACGUCCGGAGGGGGGAUUACGUCCAGGUGAUGCCCCAGGUCUGGAAGGGGGUGGUGGCAGACAAGGCCUACCUGGAGAAGGCCAUGGGCUACUUCCGGGCCAAAUACCAGGAGCCUGUCUUCGUGGUGACCAGCAACGGGAUGGAGUGGUGCCGGGAGAACAUUGACGCCUCGCGGGGGGACGUGUAUUUCUCGGGGGACGGGAAGGAGUCAUCGCCGGGGAUGGACUUUGCUCUUUUGGCCCAUUGCAACCACACAAUCAUGACCAUCGGGACCUUCGGCAUCUGGGCCGGUUACCUGGCUGUGGGGGAGACCAUCUACUUGGCCAACUACACUCUGCCCGACUCCCCCUUCCUCAAGAUCUUGAAGCCUGCGGCCACCUUCCUCCCCAAGUGGAUUGGGAUCGACGCCGAUCUCUCCCCGCUGCGGAGUGGGACAUCUGACUAA